GUGAAAUAUUUUUGCAGCUUAAAACUCCUUUAGAAGAAGUUUACAAAAUCUAUUGUUACCACCACGGUGAUGCCAAUAGUUUGCUUGAAACAUAUGACAAAGAUGAUGAAAUUCGGCGACAUUUAAGGAAUCAAGUUGAUGCUCUGAAGAAAAUAUACCAGGAGCAAGGGAAGUCCACCUUGUUGGAUAUGGGCUCGCUGCUUAUUAAGCCAGUGCAACGAGUGAUGAAGUACCCGCUGCUAUUGAGUGAGCUUUUCAAAUCCACUCCAGAGUUACAUGCAGACCAUAAACCAGUUGGAGAUGCGUUAGCAGCGGUGAGGCAAAUCAAUGUGAACAUUAAUGAGUUUAAAAGGAGGAAAGACCUAGUGAUGAAGUACAAGAAAAGUGAUGAAGAUGAGUCUCUAAGGGACAAGCUGUCCAAGGUGAACAUUCGAUCAAUUAGGAAAAAGUCCAACCGUGUCACCAGUCACUUGAAGAUCCUCACCUGGGGGGAGCUGCAGGUCAAAGAUGAGACAUUCGAUAGAGAGGAGAAAAUAUUCCGAAACUUGGAGAAGGCUGUGAGACUUUGUGCAAAGAAUACUUCCUGCUACCAUCAAAACAUUCAGGAAGGUAUGUUACUGGCCGUUCAGAAUGUGCACAGCCUUCAAAGAAUUUUGCAGGAUUGCAACAACAGCAACUGUGACUCUCUACAGGAAUUGAAGACCUAUCAACAAUCCUUUGACAGUUUUAAAGAUCAUUUGGAGAGGCUCAUUGUGGUCCCACUUGCCACGUUACAUGUCCUAUUUUCGACUCCUCAGAAACUCAUACAGAAGCGUUAUGACAAGCUGCUUGAUUAUGUCAGCUGCCUCAAGCAGUCGGAAAGUGUGAGAGACAAGAGGGCAGCGGAGGAACUGAAUGAGGCAAAGAAGGAUUAUGAAGCACUGAAUGGCCAGUUAGUAGAGGAACUUCAGAAGUUUAACAAGGCGGCGAAGAAAAUACUAAUUAACUGCAUCUACUGCUUUAUGGCUGUUUUCAGGGACCUUAUGAGCUCAGCACUGCAGGCCUCUCCGUCUGGAAAGACCAUCCUGAUUUCUCCUUCAGACAGUGUUCGAGACAGGAAAAAGCAAGCCAUUGAAGAAAUUCAUAGUUUGUCAUUUGGUAAAGAAUUUGGAUCUCAGAGACUGAUUGAAAGGAGGUCCAGCUUAGAAGAACGGUCAAAGAAAAGAACAUCUGCCCCAUUG